UGGGGCCAGAGUCAGACGCGUCACUCUGGCCCUCACAAAGAUGGCGGCGAAGCAGCGUGGGGGCCGGAGGGCGGCGGGAGCCGGAGCGGUUCGGGUGGCCGACGAGACUGAACAAUCGGUGCCGUUGCAGGCCGUGUUGGUGGCGGACAGCUUCAACAGGCGCUUCUUCCCCAUCACCAAGGACCAGCCGCGGGCUCUGCUCCCCCUUGCUAAUGUAGCACUGAUCGAUUACAGCCUGGAGUUUCUCACAGCGACUGGCGUCCAAGAAACCUUUGUUUUCUGCUGCUGGAUGGCCCCGAAGAUCAAGGAACACAUUCAGAACUCAAAGUGGAACCGUCCCACCUCUCCAAAUACCAUCCACAUCAUGAGUUCUGAGUCGUAUCGCUCUUUGGGGGACGUGUUACGGGAUGUAGAUGCGAAGUCACUUGUCCGCUCAGAUUUCAUACUAAUUUAUGGAGAUGUUGUAUCCAAUAUUAAUGUGACCAAAGCACUGGAGGAACACAAGGCUCGACGGAAGUUGGAGAAGAACGUGUCUGUCAUGACAAUGAUUUUUAAACAGUCAUCACCAGGUCACAGGACAAGGAGUCAGGAGGAGGAUAUCAUUGCAGCCGUGAACAGCAAGACCAGCCGUGUGCUACACUAUCAGAAAGCCCACAAGCUUAAGAAAUUCCAAUUUCCCAUGCACAUGUUUCAUGCUAACAAUGAUGAGAUUGAAAUCCGGCAUGAUCUACUGGACUGUCACAUUAGCAUCUGUUCCCCACAGGUGGCAGAACUGUUCACAGAUAACUUCGAUUAUCAAACCAGGGAUGAUUUCGUGAGGGGGAUUCUUGUAAAUGAAGAGAUAUUGGGCAAUCAAAUUCAUAUGCACGUGACAGCAGAUGAAUAUGGGGUGAGAGUGUCCAACCUACUCACGUACGAAGCCGUGUGUUCCGAUGUCAUCCGCCGCUGGACGUACCCGUUGACACCGGAGAUGAACUUUUCAGACGAUGAGAGAGGUUUCAGCGUUCACCUGCGGCACAACGUCUACCGAGGCUCGGAAGUCAGCCUGGGUCAGGGCAGCGUGUUGGAAGAGAACGUUGUCAUUGGUAAAGGCACUGUCAUAGGAAGGAACUGUUUUAUAACAAACACCACCAUUGGUCACAAUUGUUUUAUAGGAGACAACGUGAAACUUGACCAAGCAUAUAUCUGGAAUAAUGUCUCCAUCGGAAAUGGAGUGGAAAUCUGCAGAUCAGUUGUGUGUAGCCAGGUGGAAGUUAAGCCUGGAGUCAAACUCAACACGCACUGUGUUUUAGCAUUUAAUGUGGUUGUGGGGCCAAAUAUAUCCUUUCCUGAGGGAACUGUUGUCUCGAUGCAUCUGCCAGAUGAAGAGGAUGAUGAGGAUGAGUUUGGCGAUGAUGCAGGAGUGGACGAUGUGCCAUUGAAAGCAAAGGUGAAAGGGUACAACCCAGCUGAAGUAGGAUCGGAGGGUGUGGGAUACAUAUGGAGGGUCUCCACAGAGCAAGAGGAUGAAGAGGAAGAGCUGGUGCAUGACAUGUGGGGUCUGAAUCUGAAACCUCAGUCAGUGAGUGAGAGUGAGAGUGAAAUGAGUCUCUGCUCACAAGAGGAAGAGGACAGAAGUAUUUCACCCCAGCUGGACGAUGUGAAAGUAUUUCAGAAUGAAGUUCUUGGCACCUUGCAGCGAGGGCUGGAGGAAAAUAUUUCCUGUGAUCACCUUGUGUUGGAGAUUAAUUCUCUCAAGUAUGCCUACAACAUCAGCAUGAAGGAUGUGACGCAGCUCACUACGAAGGUGGUCCUGGAAAUGCCGCUCCAACAGCACAGAUCUGAACUCUCUGCCACACAGUACGCCAAUGCCCUCAUCUCUCUUUUGAAGAAGUGGUCCCAGGUGUUUAAGAACUACAUCAAGCGGGCCAUUGAUCAUCAGAAUUGCUUGGCUGCUAUCGAGGAGUUUUUUAUCGAACACGAGGCACUGUGGUCUGUUAUCGUCAAGGUGCUGAUGACCCUGUACCAGCUGGAAGUGUUGGCAGAAGAGGCUGUUCUGCAUUGGUUCUCUCAGACAGCACCAACAGAGAAAGCAAAACGGCUUCGAAAGCAUCAGGGGGUCCAGAGGUUCAUCAAAUGGCUAAAGGAGGCAGAGGAAGAAUCGUCUGGGGGAGAGGACUGACCACUAGAUCACAUGCAGCACCGCUGUUGAACUGUUGGCUGACCUGAAUCUCAUUUAGUCUGUUAUAUAAUUUUAAAUGGAAGGAGUAAAAGAAUUUAUCAGAUUGAAAGCUUUAAUGGAUGAGAAUGGUCUCUUGCCUUUCGUGGCUCCUUUCAGUUUCUGAGCUAUGAACGACCUUCAAAACCUGACGCCCUCCUUUCACGUACAGGAAUUCUGCUUAAAUUGCACCUUGGGCUCAAGGGGCCAAUAUCUCCCAAGGGUUAGGCCAUAACACACAGAAGCAGAAUUAGGCUAUUCGUUCGUCAUUUUUCUUAGCCCUCACAACCCCUUUCUCCUGCUGUCUCCCUGUAACCUCUGGUGCCCUUACUAAUCAAUAACCUAUCAACCAACACUUUAAAUAUACCCAGUGACUUGGUAUCCACAGCCUUAUGUAGCAGUGAAUUCCACAGACUCACCACACUGUGACUAAAGAAUUCUUCUUCAACUCUCUUCUAAAUGGACAUCCUUCUGAAGGUGUGCCCCCUGGAUCUAGACUCCCCCACUACAGGAAACAUUCUCUCCACAUCCACUCUCUGUAGGCCCUUGAGCUGUGAAUUCCGUAUGCCUUCUAUAUGGGGAUUGUCUCAGUUCAGCACCUACUAGGCAUGAGCAGAGAGUACAUUGCUAAUUCUCAGUCAGUGCCAAGUUGCAGCUUGCCGAGAGGAAUCACGGAACGACUGAUGGAGGGGUGGAAAUGUGUCUGGACAGAAUGAGGUCUUCCUUUGAACCUUGACUCAACUUGUCCCUCUUAUGAAGUGUUUUCGACAGCGUUUGUGGAGCUUUGCUGUAUCUGCGUUGGUAGCAACAUAAUGAGAGAACAGGAACCUGUACAGAUAGUGUGAAAGUCAAACUCCAUCGAACAUGUAUUGAGUAUGGUAGGGCACCAGGGAGUGCAGCGGGGCAAUGGAACUUAGGGUUACAAGUGCAUAGAUCAUUGAAAUAAUAAAAUUAGUUUACUACUACCUCAUGUUCUGAGGUAUAGUGGAAGAACUUGUCUUGCGUACAGUCCGUACAGGUCAAUUCAUUACAACAGUGCAUUGAGUAGUACAAAGUGGGGAAAAAGAAUGCAGGAUGAAGUGUUACAGUACAGAGCAAGUGUAGUGCAGGUAGACAACAAGGUUCAUGGUCACAAAGAGUAGAUUAUAAGAUCCAGAGUCGCU